AUGCUGGAGGUGCCCACGUCUGUGUACUGGUCAAAUACCAAACCCAAUAAUUUGGGCGAUGGCCAGUACAAGUACAGGAUCAGAUCUGUCCAGUCGCCCGAUGGGAUAGAUGUCGUGCACCGUGCCACUAUCUUCACGGAAGGACCGGGCACCAACAACUCAGAGUGCUACGCUGAGCCUGAGAGCGUGUUGUUCAAUUCUGAUUGGAUUGAACUGCCCCCGAAUAAUGGAGUUUCAGAAGAGUUCAUCUUCACUGUACCCCAAGAUGUGCGAGACAAGUGUGGCCGUGAUGAGGGUUGCUAUAUCAAUGUGGUGGGCAAGGAUAGCGAAGGGAAUGUCGGCUACUACGGAAAGAUGG